AAUCCGACAAUUACAAAACAAACUAAACAAAAAAUGCCAACCAAGAAACCAAUAAUUAAUUUAAUGUUUGAUGUGUUAGAAACAUUUGAAUUAAAACGGUCAGGAAAAUUAGUCGUAUUAGAAACUAAUGCAUC